AUGACAGAAAGCAGCAGUAGCAACAAAUUUGUGCAGCCAACAAUUCCCAAAUUUGAUGGCUUCUAUGAGCAUUGGGCGAAGCUGAUGGAAAACUUCCUCCAAUCUAAAGAAAUGUGGAACUUAGUCGAGGAUGGAGUGGUUGCUAGUCCACAAAAUCGAGAGCCAACUGAUGAGGAGACAAAGGCAAUUACAAAGCAGCAGCUGAAGGACAAGAAGGUGAAGAACUAUCUUUAUCAAGCCAUUGAUAGAGAAAUCAUGGAGACAAUACUAAAUGAUGACACCUUAAAGCAGAUAUGGGACUCAAUGAAGCAAAAGUUCAAAGGUUUAACUAGAGUGAAGAGAGCUCAACUUCAAACUUUGAAGAUUGAGUUCGAGUUCAACUACAUUGUGUGCUCCAUUGAGGAGUCUAACAAUGUGGAAACUCUAACAAUUGAUGAGCUCCAAAGUAGUCUUCUUAUCCAUGAGCAAAGAAUGAAAGGUUCAAAUGAGGAGGAGCAAGCACUGAAGGUGACACAUGAGGAGCGUUAUGAAAGAGGCAGAGGCAGAGGCACAAUGAGAAGCCGAGGAAGAGGUAAAGGCAAACAAUUUACAAGUAGGGCUGCUGUGGAAUGCUAUAGGUGUUAUAAUCUGGGACACUAUCAGUAUGAGUGCCCAAAUUGGGAGAAAAGAGCAAAUUAUGCAAAAUUUAACGAAGAGGAAGAGAUGUUGUUGAUGGCACAACUGGAUGAAGGCUUCAGACACUCAGUCAAGCUUGGAAAUAACUCAAAGCUAGAAGUAAUGAGAAAGGGAAACAUCAGAUUGGAGUUCGGAGGAAUCACUCAAAUUGGGCUGCAUAAUGGAAAGCUUGAUGACCCCAACAGAAUGUUCCUUGUGAUAACAAACAUUAUUAUAUCAACGCCUACAUACUUCAAUGCAAAUGGUGAUGACCUUGGUGAAAUAUGGCAUAAAAGGUUUGGUCACUUGAGCUAUAUCGGCGCUGCUACACAAUAA